AUGGCCCUUUAUUUUAGUCCACCGGGUGGAAUCCCUAUGCCCAAUCCUGAGGUCGCGAAGGUGGAAGACGCUGUUGCCACAGCUCUAGCAAAGAAAACGCAGCGGUCGACUGACUGGCCAGAGCGGCCCGGAUUUGGCACGCGAGGAACGCCUGUCUUACUUUACGCCAACUACUUUGAGCUCAAAUCGGUGGGCAACCAGCUGCAUCGCUAUCAUCUCGAUAUUCAAGGUGACACGGCCAACAAGAAGCCUGCUGGCAAGAAAGCCCGUCACAUUGUGCGGUUGUUUAUUGAAGAACAUCUUUCCAAGUACCAGGACCAAGUUGUCACGGAUUACAUGUCCACAAUUAUUACAGCUGUCGAGUUCCUGGGAGGAAAGGAGCCAAAGGAUUUUGAUGUUCGAUAUCGUGAUGAACACGAAGAUGAGUACCCUGAGCAGCCAAAGGUCUACCGGGUGAAGUGCCAGUUCACGGGCACCCUCUACCCAAGACACUUGUUGGAUUACUUGACUUCGUCGAAUGCGUCCGCCAUGUUCAAAGACAAGGCAGAUGUCAUCCAGGCCAUGAACAUCAUUCUGGGUCAUCAACCCAAGAGCGAUCCGAAAAUCUCUUCCGUGGGAGCAAAUAGGCAUUUCGCCAUCGGUGAAGGUGCGGAGAAAUACGACCUGGGCCAUGCGCUUGAGGCUUUCCGCGGCUAUUUUGUCAGCGUUCGUGCCGCAACUGCGCGUGUUUUGGUAAAUGUGCAAGUGAAGUAUAUUGCUUGUCACCAGGGAGGUCCGCUGAGUAAUGUCAUGCGUGCGUAUCCAUAUCGAGGCUUGCUCCGUGUCCUGAAAGGCUUGAGGGUUCGGGUGACCCAUAUCGAGAGACGCAACAAGAAGGGUGAACUGGUUCCAAGAAUCAAGCGCAUUUCCAACGUGGCUACCGUGCGCGAUGGAGCCGGGUUGGAGCAUCGCCCUAAAGUAGCUCGGGACGGCGCAGGGCCCGAGGAUGUGCAGUUCUUCCUAGAUAAACCUGUCCAUCCGGUGAAGCAGUCUGCUAAGGCAAGGCCCCUGCCUAUUGGCUAUGUUAGUGUUGCCCAAUUCUUCAAGCACAUUUAUGAUAUCAAAUCUACCCCUGGCAGUCCCGUUGUGAAUGUCGGGACAAAAGAGAGGCCCAGCUACUUGCCUGUUGAAGUGUGUCAAGUUGAGCCCGGUCAGCCGGCAAAUACCAAACUCUCGCCUGAACAAACCAGUUCUAUGAUCCGCUUUGCUGUGCGACCUCCUAACGCAAAUGCCGAGUCGAUUGUGACUCAGGGUACGGAUGUGCUCGGUCUCGAAGGGUCUAAGAACCCAAUCCUCGCGCAAUUUGGCGUCGAGAACGAACUUCAGCUGAUCACAGUACUUGGUCGAGUACUCCCGGCGCCCAAGCUCUACUACAAAGGUUUUAAGGGCUCUAAGUCCACUGAAAUCGGCCCUAAGUUUGGAAGUUGGAACAUGCGUGAAGCGAAAUUGUCCUCACCAUGCCGAGUGCCUUCUUGGGCGUUGGUUGUACUUACAUUUUCAAAGGAGAACCCAGCAUACGCCAAACCCGAGGUUGAACCUGCCGUAACCUUUACCAAGGUGUUGCAGGAUCUUGGCAUGAACGUCUCAAAGCCAGAUCAUUGUUCCGUGGUUAAUUUCCAACAGCCUAAGGAAGACCAUUACAAGGCAGGGUUGGAUAAGGCCGUUUCCGGGCUGAUGAACGGAGAGAAGCCUCCCCGAUUAAUUGUGUUUGUCCUUCCGUCUCAGGACACAGUCCUCUAUAACUGCAUCAAGGGGAUCUGUGAUCUGGAUUAUGGCGUUCACAAUGUCAACUUUGUUGGCUCAAAGGCAAAACAAUCGGAACGAAAAUCCGAACAAGCUCUGGCCCAAUAUUACGCAAAUAUCGGCCUUAAGAUCAAUCUCAAACUGGGAGGGGUCAACCAGCUCAUUGAGGCCAAAGAGCUAGGCAUCAUUGGAGAGGGUAAGACAAUGCUCGUCGGUAUUGAUGUUACCCAUCCUUCUCCUGGUUCCUCGUCCAACGCUCCCAGCGUCGCCGGCAUGGUCGCCUCCAUCAACUCGUCUCUUGCUCAAUGGCCUGCGGAACUCCGAGUGCAAGAAGGCCGUAAAGAGAUGGUGGCUGAGCUAGACUCAAUGCUGAAGGUUCAUCUCAGGCGCUGGGCCCGCAACAACAAGAACGCCUACCCGGAGAAUAUCAUCGUGUACCGAGAUGGUGUCUCUGAAGGCCAAUACGAUCUUGUAGUGCAACAAGAGCUUCCCCUUCUGAAGACAGCCUGCAAGGAAAUGUACCCAGCUUCCGACACUCAGAAGGGUCUUCCCCGUAUCUCCGUCGUGGUUGUAGGCAAACGCCACCACACGCGGUUCUAUCCAACAAAAGACAUGGAACGCAAUGGAAACCCCCGCAACGGCACUGUCGUCGACCGCGGCGUGACCGAAGCCCGGAAUUGGGAUUUUUACCUACAGGCGCAUUAUGCUAUACAGGGCACCGCUCGACCGGCGCACUACUUCACCGUCUGGGAUGAGAUCUUCCGCAAUAGAAAAGUGCAGCCCCCCUACAAGAACGCCGCCGAUGUGUUGGAAAAUCUAACACACCAUAUGUGCUACCUUUACGGCAGAGCCACCAAGGCCGUCAGCAUCUGCCCUCCCGCAUACUACGCAGACCUGGUAUGCACCCGGGCCCGUUGCUACCUCAGCAAGGUCUUCGACCAAGCCGAGACAGCGAGCUCAUCCGCCGGUAGCGCCGUCGCAGCGAUUGAGAACAAGGCCGUGACCAUCCAUGCAAAUCUGCAUGACACAAUGUUCUACAUCUAG